AUGCUGGGGGAGCGCGACACGCAACACGAGAACCUCGGAGAACCUCACGACGCCGCCGAGCAGCGCAGGGCGCUCGCCGCGUCAUAUGUCCCCGGCUCAGACGCCGAGAAGAAGUUUCUGCGCAAGAUCGACAUGCGCAUUGUGCCAUGCAUCUGGGUGCUGUACACCCUCUCGUACCUCGACCGCGCGAACAUUGCGAACGCCAAAACCGGCGGGCUGGAAGCAGACUUUGCGCUCACGUCGACGCAGUACUCGAUCUGCUUGCUCGUCUUCUUCAUCUCGUACGUCGUCUUUGAGGUGCCGUCGAACCUUGUGCUCCCGCGCGUCCGGCCCUCGCUGUACCUCUCGGGCCUCUGCGUCCUCUGGGGCGGCGUGAGCGCAUGCAUGGCGGCCACGCGCACGUGGCAGCAGCUCGCUGGCGUGCGCUUCGCCCUCGGCGUCGUCGAAGCCGGCUUUGCCCCCGGCGUCGCAUUCUACCUCUCCUCAUGGUAUCGGCGGUACGAGUUGUCGACGCGCUACUCGCUAUACUACACGGCGACGGCGAUUUCGGGGGCGUUCUCGGGCCUCCUCGCCGGCCUCAUUACGCAACACCUCGACGGCGCGCGCGGCUUGCGCGGCUGGCAGUGGCUGUUUAUCAUCGAGGGCGUCGGCUCGAGCUUCGUCGGCUGCUUCACGUGGAUGGUCAUGCCUGACUGGCCGGCGACGACGCGGUUCCUCAGCGACGCGGAGAAGGUCCUCGCCGCCCAGCGCCUCGCGUACGACGGCGUCGGCGCGACCGCCGCCGGCGAAGAGGUGUCCGAGGGCAAGGCCCUCAAGCUCGUCUUCAAGGACUGGCGCGUCGCCUGCCUCGUCGUCCUGUACAUGCUCUCGACGGGCGCACAGACCAUCCAGUACUUCAUUCCCACGCUCGUCUCCUCUCUCGGCUGGAAGGGCUACGACGCACAAUACCACACCAUCCCGGUGUACAUCAGCGCGCUGGUCUACAUUCUCGUGUUCUGCAUGUGUGCCGACUGGCGCCGCAACAAGCCCCUGUUCAUCUGCAUCGCCAGUGCCAUCGGCGUCCUCUGCUUCAUCGUCACCGUGGCGAAUACGAACAGAAUGGUGCAGUACGUCUUCCUCAUCCUGGGCUUUGGCAGCGUGUACGCUGCGUGCCCCCUCAUCCUGACGUGGGUGCCCAACGUCAUCGCGUGGCCGGCAGAGAAACGCGCCGUCGCGAUCGCACUGGUCAACGCGAUGGGCAACAGUGCUUCGAUAUACGGCGUGUUUCUCUGGCCCAAGACCGACGCACCGCGCUAUAUACCGGGAUGGAGUGCGACGACGAUCUUUAUGGCUCUCAUCGGGGUUCUUACCGUCGUGUUCACCCUCCUUCUGCGCAAACAUCCGCCCGAUGAGCCGCAAGGACAGCACACGGAGCAGGCGGCUGUGCCGCGCAAGGAGUCUCCGUUCAAUGUGUAG